AUAUUAGAAAAAAAAAAAAAAUCACAAAAAACCCAUUGCAAACACCGACAUAGGAGAUAAAGGCUGAACAUGUAAACAGAUCAUUAUUGACGCAAUAAUUGGUCGAGUGAUGGACAACGUUACAAUGUCAAACUCUCGUGGAAACCCUAUUGCAGCCGAAGAAAUGGAGGGUAUCUGUGUAAUGCCAGACCUUGGUGCUAUUAAGACGGAGGAUCCUGGAGUUAACGAGGAGGCAGGGGGUCAAAAUGUGGCCAUGGGGAUCAAAUUCAUCUUGCCCAAUAGGUUUGAUAUGAACGUGUGCUCAAGAUUUGUAAAGUCAUUAAACGAGGAAGACAGCAAAAACAUUCAGGAUCAAGUAAACUCUGAUCUGGAGGUGGCAUCUGUUUUAUUUAAAGCCGAGUGCAAUAUCCAGACCUCACCAUCUCCUGGAAUACAAGUUCGCCAUGUUUACACCCCGUCCACAACCAAACAUUUUUCUCCCAUCAAACAAUCAACCACUCUCACCAACAAGCACCGCGGGAACGAGGUGUCUUCCACACCCCUUCUCGUGCAUUCAUUAUCCAUUCAUCAGCUUGCAGCCCAAGGGGAAAUGGUGUACUUGGCUAGUAGAAUUGAACAAGAAAAUGUAAUUAAUCUUCAAGAUGAGGAAGGCUUUACCCCCUUGAUGUGGGCAGCUGCUCAUGGACAGAUUGCUGUGGUAGAAUUUCUGCUUCAAAAUGGAGCAGACCCUAAUCUUCUAGCUAAAGGAAGAGAAAGUGCUUUGUCUUUGGCCUGCAGUAAAGGAUACACCGAUAUUGUGAAGAUGCUCAUUGACUGUGGGGUUGAUGUCAAUGAAUAUGACUGGAAUGGAGGAGCCCCUCUCCUGUAUGCAGUUCAUGGAAACCAUGUUCGUUGUGUGGAAAUCCUUCUAGAAAGUGGAGCUGAUCCUACUGUUGAGUCUGACUCUGGCUUCAAUGCUAUGGACAUGGCAGUGGCUAUGGGCCAUCGUAAUGUUCAACAGGCAAUGGAAGCUCAUUUAUUAAAGCUACUAAUGGGAAUCAGAGAAUGAAGAAUCAUCUCCUGAGAAUGUGCAAUCAUGUAGCCAAAUUCAUCUGUUUACACUUGAGUGUUUUUUAACAGUGAGAGCUAGUGUUUCCUAGUGAAAAAAAAUGCAUGUUUACUGCUAUUUUAUGUAUUUAAUUUAUUUCAAGUAAUGUUUACAGUUGUGAUAAAGUAUCCCUGUGUGUUUUUUGUACCUGUGUGUACUUUGUGCUUGUAUUCUUAAAAUGUUUAGAUUUCAAAUUGACCCAAAAUCUCCGCAGCUACUACAUAAAAUAGUGUAUCCAGUAAAUAAUAGAUCCUUGGCAGACAGUAGCAAAGGUUUAUUUUCAGAUAAUGGUUGGAGCGAGGCCACAAAGAAAAGAUUCAGUAACGGAUCAGAUUUACAAUGGAGCAAGUUACGGCAUAAGAGCACAAUAUUACAGGA